CCUGGCGACUGAACACUGACCGAGGAAAGGAAUAUUAUAAUAAGUCAUGAUGGAGUUAUUGCGCUCUUUGGAUACGGAUACCGACUAUAAGUACAGACCCGCCGAGCGGGACCAGGGCACGCGCUGGUUCAAUUAGGAACUAUCCGGGAUUUGUUUUUACUGCGUGUUUUAUGAAGUAAAGUACAGCAGGUUUGGAGAGCUCUUCCUGUUACCGUUCCUGAGUUUUUAUGUUGCGAUAGAGCCCAGCGCGUUGUGUGCUUCUGAUAAGACCGUAAGUAUGGACACUCUGCCGCAAAGGGAUGCGGGAUUUCCUGCGGUAGCGCCGCAAAGUUGCGGUCAAACGCGUUUAUUGGCGAUUUGGUCCUAAUAAUGCGAACUGGUCAGCCCUGAAAUUUGUCAUAAAACACUGGUUGGCUGAACUGAAAGCUCCUUUCCUGCUAUUCUUCUCUGCCUCUCCGCGCUUCCUGCUUGUGGUGGCCACUGCGCUUAAUGGCUAAAAAUACAUAAAAUAAAAUCAAAAUGGACCGCUAAAUGUAGUGGGAACCUUCAUUCGGAGUUGCAGUUGCAACACGUGUGCUUUGGACACUUUUAUUUUUGUCCUUAAACUUUUAGUUUUGAAAGUCAGAGCUCAACAGGUGGCGCUUUUAAUUGAGGAAAGAGAAGAGCUAAUUUACCCAUAAUAAGGUGAUUCAGAACAAGAGCCUCUUAAGUAUAGGCCGGUGAAAUGAUAUUGUGCUCUGACCGAGUUUUGGGAAACCACACACCACAUCACUUGAACAGAGAGAAAUUCAGUGGAGACUGUGCUGCCUCUCUGGGCUUUGGAACACUUAAUCAAACAAAAGCAAUCGCUUGACUGAUCCUGCAUUUUCACAUGGAGAGCGCUGCGUUUAAUGUCAAAACGAAUGAAAGACACUCGCCUUUCAAUUAUCUUUGAGUCCUCUCCUGUAGCCCGCUUGUUGGUCAAGCUUUUGAACACAUUUCACUGGUCCCUGAUGAACCAACAAGAAAGACAGGAAAGGGAGCGAGGAGCAAUAAAGUACUCUUUUGUACUUUAUUUUCAAACCCUUGGGGUGCAAAAUCAGAUCCAGUCAAAACAUCUGCUUGAGGCUCCAUGGAGCCACUGAAGAACAUAUUAUGUCGUGGCCCACUGUCAAACUGGAAAAAUUUGGAGCAGUCACAAAAAGGGAACUUCACUAACCCUGUGUGGACAGCCUUAUUUGACUAUGAGGCGUCCUGUAAAGAUGAGCUCACCUUGCGUAAAGGUGACCUGGUGGAAGUCCUGUCUCUGGACUCUGAGAUAUCAGGGGACGAAGGCUGGUGGGCGGGUAAGGUCAACAACAAGGUGGGCAUCUUCCCGUCCAACUACGGCUCCUUCAAGCCAAAUGGCUACGGGAAGCUUCCGGGCAGCGCUGUGGUCAGUGAGCUUGGUCCGGCUGUGGUGGGCGAGUUCGAACCCGAGGCGGUGGAUUUCCGGGAGCUGAGCCUGGAGGAGGUCAUCGGGGUCGGGGGAUUUGGGAAGGUGUAUCGCGGUACAUGGAGAGGCAGGCUGGUGGCGGUAAAAGCCGCCCGGCAAGACCCGGAUGAGGACAUCAGCGUGACGGCGCAGAAUGUCAGGCAGGAGGCCCGUUUGUUCGCCAUGCUCACUCACCCCAACAUCAUUGCGCUGAAAGGCGUCUGCCUGCAGGAACCCAACUUGUGCCUCAUCAUGGAGUACGCUUCAGGUGGGGCGCUGAGCCGGGCGCUGGCUGGGCGUCGCAUCCCGCCACACGUCCUGGUCAACUGGGCCGUGCAGAUAGCCAGAGGGAUGUUGUACCUGCACAGUGAGGCCAUCGUCCCCGUCAUCCACCGGGAUCUCAAAUCCAACAACAUCCUUCUAGCUCAGCCCAUAGAGAAUGAAUGUAUGGAGGGUUUGACACUGAAGAUCACCGACUUUGGCCUGGCGAGAGAGUGGCACAAGACCACCAAGAUGAGCACCGCGGGCACCUACGCCUGGAUGGCCCCCGAGGUCAUCAAGUCCUCCACCUUCUCCAAGGGCAGCGACGUCUGGAGCUAUGGUGUUCUGCUGUGGGAGCUCCUAACAGGAGAGGCACCCUACAAAGGGAUUGAUGGCCUUGCAGUCGCCUACGGAGUCGCUGUGAACAAGCUCACCCUGCCCAUCCCUUCCACGUGCCCUGAACCCUUUGCUCAGCUCAUGGCCGAGUGCUGGGACCAGGACCCUCACCGCAGACCCAAUUUCAGCUCCAUCCUGGCCCAGCUAACGGCACUGGAGCAGCAGGUGAAGGACGAUAUGCCGCAGGACUCCUUCCACUCCCUGCAGGAGGACUGGAAACUGGAGAUCCAGGACAUGUUCAAUGAACUCAGAGCAAAAGAGAAGGAGCUGCGAUGCCGUGAGGAGGAGCUGAAGCGAGCGGCUCUGGAGCAGAAGUCCCACGAAGAGUUCCUGCGGCAGCGUGAGCAGCAGCUGGCCCAGUGGGAGCAGGACGUGUUCGAGCGCGAGCUCAGCCUCCUCAUCCUCCACCUGAACCAGAACCAGGAGAAACCCAACGUCAAGAAGCGGAAGGGCACCUUCAAGAAGCACAAGCUCAAGAGCAAGAACGGCGAGAAGAUCAGCAUGCCUCAAGAUUUCAUUCAUAAGAUCACAGUCCAGGCUUCCCCGGGCCUGGAGAAGAGGCGGAACUCUCCUGAUUUAGGUUCGGGCUCCUCACCCUCCUUCGGCCCACGUUUCCGUGCGAUCCAACUCAGUCCCAGUGACAACAGCCGGGCGUUUGGUCUGAGCCCAGUCUGGCCUCUAGAGGCCCCUUCUCUUAAACAAGCCAAUGGAGACCUGAGGUUGGGCCCCAACUGGAGGCCCCAGAGCCCAAAAAGUCCCAAAAGCCCUAAAGUCCUGCGCCUUAGUCCCCAGGAAAGCAGUCUGUCGAUGAGGGCCAAGCUCCUGGAGUCGGACAGCAAUGAGAAUGGCGAAUCCAAGGAUGACUUUGAGGAGUACAGACCCUCCGCGCCAACCCCUCCCUCUGCUCAGAAUGGCUCCUCAGUAAAGGACAGCUUGCGGCUUCCACUACCUCAGCGAGACUCGGGCAGUGAGGAAGGGGGUUCCUCUCCGGUGGGCUCUCCCAGGCUUGAGAGAGGUUCCCUUGGUGGUCUCAUUAAGAGCACCCAUCAGGCCCUGCUGGGCGGUGGCUCCCUCCUGGCCUCCGUAGGACUAGGUCGCUGCCUGGAUAUUUCCCCACGGGUGCCCCCUCGAACUAACACUUCUUCCCUAGGAGAUCGCACCCCCUCCGAACCGGAGAUCUCCUUCCCUAAACCCCUCAUUUCAGACCCCCCAGUAGUGGACGAUCUCAUCACCUUCUCCACCUCUGAACUGCUCCCUAGACCGCUCUUGGAUUUAGCUCUGCAGUACCAAGAACUGAAGCCCUUGCCCCUGACACCGCCUCCGCCGAACCCCCGUGAGAGGAGCAGUCACUGGACGCCGCAGUCGCCGCACAGUCCGCAGAGCCCCAGAACCCCCACGCAGCAAAGCUGGGCCAGUCCAGAGGAAUGGACCCCAAGUUCCCAUUCGACUAAAAGGGAGCUGGGCUGUGAGGCCUGGGAGCACAGAGCUGACAGAAGGAGGAGGUCCAGCCAAGGCCUGCAUGCCUCUCAACUAGUUUUGGACCUUCCGUUAUGCCAAGACACACAGGACUCUGAUGACAAGCCUUCAGUGCCCUGCUCUCUCCACCCCAACCCUGCCCUCUGGAGCCCCAAAACCCGCCGCCUGGAGGUCAGUGUCAUCCCCCGGCCCCGUCCGUCUCCCAUCCGGCCCCGCAUCGACCCCUGGAGCUUCAUCUCGGCCGGCGGUGGGAACUCUGGUGGUGGCCGCAGCCCAAACCGCUCAGACAGCAACCUUCUGGGCUACCAGCCUUCCCCUACCAACCCUUUCAACUGUGACAUCUUCCCCUCGCCUGACUGCGACCCAUUCGCCCUCAAGGCUGACCCCUCGAGUGGCUCUGACACGGCCUCACCCUUCGACCCCUUCUUGGCUCCCUUCCCCACCUCACGUUCUGCCCCGUGCUCCACUAACGGCUCGCCCACGCUGCCCUCGUUCCGCAUACCGCCUCUCAACCCGGCCGACUCGCCCCUCAUCGACUUGGGCUGGGCGGCCUGCAGCAAGCCCUUGGAUGGCACCAAAGAGAGAGCUCACCCCCGCAGGACACUGGGGCUCAAGCCCUUCAAGUCCCCAACGCAACUUAGAGAUGAUAGGUUCUAAACCCAUGGCAAGGCUGUGUUUUUUACAGGAACACAGUCUAGGACCCUUUCCACUACCGUGUCCUACAUCUUAACGACGAUUUGGAAUCUUUUAAAAAACGCACACUCAACCCACCUAGGGAGGUUACACCGAUGGGAUCCUUAAUCUUUGCAGGUCCUACUUAUAUGCCAGCCUGCUGCUCUUGGAAACCAGAAACCCUGUGAAAGGUGAUCCAUUGGAUUGUGGGAUAGCUGCCUUUGAACCAGUGGCUGGUGUCCAUUUCAUUCUCCCUCUCUAUCACUUUGAAGGAGCAGAACACAGAUCACUUGUUCCAUCUUCAGAUUCUAUCAGACAGCUCAUAUCACCUGCUUUCAUCUCCACCCUACCUUUGAAGCUUUGUGACAAUGCAGAGGUGGAUAAGGCGACUUGCACAGCUUCAUCUGCCUCUACCUCUCUGCAGACUGAAAGCAUUCGGGACAAUUGUAAAUUGGAGUGCCUUAUUUCGUGAAGUGUUUUUAAUAUAUAUCUUUUCAAGGUUCCUUGAAUGGGUAAUCUGGUGCGUAGGGAAGAUACUAUGAAUUUGGCUUCAAUUUGAAAAUCAGCUUAGCAUUUCUGUCGUCUGCGUGUGAGUGCGUGUGUGCAUGCAUGUCUAGAGUUAUUGUUCAAGGAAAGCUUACUGUUUUGUUUUUUUUAAACAGUGUCUGCCUGUUGCAUUAUGGGAGAAAGCACUCAGAGUGGAUAUUCCAGGCCGCUCAUGAAAUCCAAGACAAAACCAUGACACAGGCGUUCCACUUGGAAGCAGAUAACAUUCCGGUCACAUUCCCCAGGAAAUGCCAGGAUGUGACACAUUCAUUCCUCUGGCAGGCGACACAGCACAGGAAACAGAGGGGAGCCCUCUGCAUAUAUGCCAAAGAUAUGGGGUUUGCCACUCUGGACAACACAGAGGAAGUAGAGACAACCACAAGUGGUAUUUAAAUAUAACUUAAAUAUACUUUUCUUUGGUUAGCUUUUUAAAUAUCAUCCAGGCUGUCUCAUCACCACCCCUCAAAAAAUAUUUGGAUAUACUACAGUACAUUGAAGCUUCAAUAAAUACUUUAUUUGUACAAUCCACCAGAGUAGUAGUAGCCUUGCAAAGCCAGCCCACAGUUUUGCUGUGUCUUGGACCACAUGAUUAACACUUCUCCCUUUGACCUGAUUGGACGAACGUGCCAGUCAGCUGUCAUUAGUUCCUUCUUCUUGAAUUAGGAAAACCGUUGAUGCUUAAUGUCAUAUUUCUCUUGAGAAGAGCCACCAGAUUUAGCUUCUGAAGGCAUGUGAGCCAGAAACAGGUUGUGAAAGUUAAAACUCAUGUUACAUUUUAACCCUGUACACACCUAAAUGUAAAGGGGAAAAAAGGUUUGACAUGUUGGCCAAUACACUUAUUUGCUUUCUUGUAGAGAGUGAGAUGAUUGAUACCAUUCUUAAAUCAGUCUGGUUGGCUUAGAUUAGCAUAAAGAUGGAGGUAGAAAUAUCUGCCUUCCAGCACCUCUUAAGUUUCCUUGCCUUCCCAGGCAACCAGUGGAAGUAGCCGGGGGAAUAACCCCUGGAAGACCAAAACAUUGUUGUGUGUAAAUUUUGUUUUUUUGUAUGGAUUAAACAAACAAGAUAUAACGUCGUAAUUAGUGAGCGUUAGAGGGGCUGGUAGAUAGAUUUUGUUAUAUUAGGACACAGUCUGGGUAGUUGUUUCCAGUCUUUAUGCUAAGCUAACUGUCUAACAGUUGAGAAUGGGUAACAUGCAUCAAAACAUCUACUGAUCACUCACAAAUCUUAGCAUAAAUAUCUUUCAGACUUGAGCUUGUGAGGCUGGCUUUGCAAGACUAGAGUAGCAGGGCUCCAAAACAUUCUUGUGUCAAAAAUCCAUCCUGAACCAUUUAAGCACUGCUAAAAAGAAAAAAGAUCUGAUAGGAUCCUGUGGAUAACUGUGAUGUGACGUUGAGAUACUUCCAGAGCAGACGAAGCAGAAACAUUCAACGAUAAUACAGGGAGAAAUUCUUUGUGGAGACGCUAAACAUUUUAAACCAAACGCAGUCUCAGCAGACCAGAAUGCUCUUGAGCAACUGAAAAACUUGCCCUUUCACUCUCGGUUCACAGUCAAUAUCAUCACUGAUCAUUCUACAUACUAAAUGUAUGUUCAAGCACUUUCUCAGGUUUUUUUCAAAAAAAGGAAAGGGGCUGCAGCAACUCCUGGAAUGGGUUGGACAUCACAGACUGAUGAUGUGCAGUAUCCAGGGUGGGGUUUUUUUUUUUUUUUUUUUUUUAAACGGCAGUCAACUAGUUCAACUGGCAUAUAGUCUAUUAACAUAAUUGGUGCAGGUCAAGCAUGUUAGCAACUGAAAGAGACCCACUUGCUCAUAGCACAAACUCGUCCUGUUACCAAGCCUUUGCUGGAGCGUAACGAGGUACAAAUACUGAUCGGGUUCAUCACUGACAUUGUGUCAUUGGAGGACAAUAACGGCUUUGUUCAGAUGAAGAGUGAAAACCCUGUCUCCAAAGGGGAAAGCCUUGUGAUUAGCCUAAUAAUCCUACUGACGAACAGAGGAGGCUGAUAGUGAUAAUUAGCCUCUUGAUAAGAGCAGGGAGCAUUAACAAAGCAUUCACAUAUCUGGUUAAUUAAUUUGCCUCGAUGUUACAAAAAUGCCCUGCGUCUUCCUCGCAAGGUAUAUUGAGUAAUUUCCUGCGUCAGCUCGUCUCGAUUUAAGCCAUGCCCCUUUUUUUAAUGCAUUAAGUUUCAAAGGCAGGUUGAGCAGUCUUUCCUUCCUGUUUUCUCUGUUGCCACUGCCUGUUUAGCUGCUGACCAGAUGAAAUCUUCACAGUUGAGGUUUAUCUUUUUCUACCCUCUUACUCCUCACGUGAUGUGGGAGAUUUCCAUUCUUUCUUUUUCUCCUUACUAAUACUAUUUUGCUCCCUUCUUCCUAACUGGCAAAUGUUCUAGGACAGUCCAUUACAUUUAAUUGAGGCAACUGAUUUUCUUUGUAAUUGAAACAGGAGCAUUAUUGUAUGUUUCUAUUGCACACACAAUAUGUCUGUUCAUGGUCUACAGGACAACAAAGAGACACGGUGCUUGUAAAGUAUUCAGUAUGCUUUGAACAAACUUGGUUGUACAGUGUGUCCAACUACAACUAAAGGCAAACGUGUAUAUAGCUUUUUCGAAUGGCCACAGUUGAAGAUGAUGGUGAAAAGCCAGAGAGGCGAGGCGAGACGUGAUGAAUUGUAUAAAUGGGUGUCAUGGCACACAUUUUCAUCUCUUCUUGAAAGCACUUGUGGUGUUGCACUUGGUUGUAAAAAAAAAAAAAAAAAAAAACAAGAGAGAGAGCUUGAGAGAGUUCAGAACCUGCCUACUUUU